AUGGGGAUCCAUCUCAUUUUCAUAUGUGUGUUUUUGUUUGCAGCCACAUAUACUUGUUUGGGGGUUGGAAUCCUUUGCUCUGAGAAAGAGAGAGUUGCUCUUCUCAACUUCAAACACAGUAUCCAAGAUCCUUUUGAAAUGUUGUCAUCAUGGGUUGGAAAUGAGUGUUGCCUGUGGGAAGGAAUCCAGUGUGACGGUGUCACUGGAAAUGUUCAACGCCUUCAUCUCAAAGGAGAUUGGCCCUACCCCUACAAUCACUUAGCUGCUAAUAAGGUGAGUUCUUCUUUGGCAGAGUUGAGGCAUCUCAAAUACCUCGACUUGAGUGGGAAUGAUUUCCUAGGAAGUCGGAUCCCUGAGUUUAUUGGAUCCUUGAAACACCUGAGUUACCUGAAUCUCUCUGAUGCUAAUUUUGAUGGUAUUAUUCCUCCUAACAUUGGAAAUCUUUCUAAUUUAAAGGUUCUUGAUCUCAGUUCAUACGAUUCUGAAAACUUUCUGAAGGCAGAUGAUAUGGCAUGGGCUUUUGGCCUUUCGUCACUCGAGCUUCUCAACUUGAGUUAUGUGGAUCUUAGUGGAGCACAAAACUGGGACAUGAUGCUUCACAUGAUUCCCUCCUUAAAAGAGUUAAGUUUGUCACAUUGUAGACUUUCCAAUGUUAAUCUUGGUCCUUUUCUUAAUUCCAGUAGAAUACUUCCUAAUAUAAAACACCUCGAUCUUGGCUACAAUUCUUUCAAAGGUCCACUCCCUGGCCUUCUUCAAAACAUGACAUCCCUAACAUUCCUCAGUCUUUCUGGAUUUAAUCAUAGUUUAUUGGCAUGGAACUUUCCAAACCUACUAAGAAUGAUCCCUUCUUUGUCAGAGCUUCAUUUGUCAGGUUGUGGGCUGGAUAAGACGCAUCUAUCUUCUCCACAUCUUAAUUACAGUACACUUUCUAACAUCCAGCACCUCGAUCUUAGCAAUAAUCCACUUGGAGGCAUAUUUCCAUGUUUUUUGACAAACAUGAGCUCCCUAAGAGUCCUUGACCUUUCGGAUACCAUGUUGAAUUCAUCGGUUCCUAUUAUGCCUAAACUUCUAGAGCUUCAUCUUUCUGGUAACGAGUUUAAGCAGAUUGAGGAUGUUGGAAUCUGGAGACAGUGCCACUUGAAACAAUUGCGUGUGACAAAUAAUGUGUUCCGUAUGGAAAUGACUGACCCACCAACAAACGCAUCAGAAUGCUCCCAAUAUUCUUUGGAGUUGCUGGAAUUAAGUCGGAGUUUAAAUGGUAGAAUUCCAGAAACACUUGGAGGACUGGCAAACUUAAGAGACCUUGAUCUAUCGCAGAAUGGACUGACUGGUUCAAUUCCAGUUUCAAUUGGGCAAGUUGCCAAACUCCGUCAUCUCUUUAUCUCUGACAAUUCAUUGGAAGGAGCGGUUACCGAAGCCCAUUUUGCUAAUCUUUCAGUGUUGAAGGACUUGGAUGCUUCUUCUAACACUAAGCUGACAUUCAAUGUUUCACGUGGGUGGAUACCUCCAUUCCAGUUGAUAUCUCUUAGUCUCAGCUCUAGCAAUAUCGGGAAUGGAUUUCCGCAGUGGCUUCGACAUCAGAGGAAACUUCAAUGGUUAGAGUUGUCCAAUGCUACACUUUCGGGGCCGCUGCCCACAUGGCUGCGGAAGAUGCCCAUCAUUCCUUAUUUAGAUCUCUCUCACAACAAACUCAGCGGAUCUUUGAAAAACCUUCCUAAUGCGGGAAAUGGUGAUGUAUAUGGGCUUUUACAUGUAUUACUUCUGGAAUAUAACCUUUUCAAUGGUUCAAUUCCAAGGUCAUUAUGCAGAAGAACAUAUUUGGAAGGGCUUGAUCUUUCAAGAAACAUGUUAAGUGGGAAAAUUCCCAACUGUGUGGGGAAUCUGCAGGGUUUGACUGCCAUGAGAUUAAGCUCAAAUCAGCUCUCUGGUGCCAUUCCUAGCUCAAUUGCUCUUAUUUCAUCAUUAUUUUGGUUAAAUUUGAACAAAAAUAACUUUACUGGUGAAGUUCCUCCAGAAUUAGGGAAUCUACAAAGUUUGGGAGUCUUAGAUUUGGGUGACAAUAAAUUAUAUGGAAAUAUACCCAAUUGGAUAGGGAAAAAACUUACAUCUUUGGUGGUUUUGAGGUUACACAAAAACAACUUCACUGGUAGAAUUCCUCCAUCUCUUUGCAAAAAUUCAAAUCUUCAAAUUUUGGAUCUUGCAUACAACAACUUAACCGGAACCAUCCCUCCGUGUGUAGGAAACUUAAAUGGCAUGGUUGUGAGUCACUCGAUAUCUGAGCAUUUUUUAGAUAUCGAUGAUGAUAAGAAUGUGAUUCAGGUCAUGAAAGGUGUUGAUCUUGAAUAUACAACAACUUGGAGAAUGGUUUAUAACAUGGACCUUUCAAGCAAUAAACUUGAGGGAGAAAUACCGGUCGAGCUAACUACACUUUCUAUGUUGGUGGGUCUGAAUCUGUCUAAUAAUCAUCUGAGAGGGGGUAUUCCAGAGAGCAUUGGAAAGAUGAUGAAGUUGGAAACUCUUGAUUUCUCAAAAAACAAGUUGAGCGGGAGCAUCCCUCCAAGCAUGGCAGCUUUGACUUUUUUGAGCCAUUUGAAUUUGUCACACAACAACUUGUCGGGUCAAAUUCCAACAGGAAAUCAACUGCAGACGCUUACUGAUGAUCCAUCAAUAUAUGCUGGGAACAAACAUCUAUGUGGACCUCCAUUGCAAAACACUUGCUCAAAUCAUCAAGAUUCAACAACAACAACAACAAGCAAGAAGAAACACAAAGCAGCUGAUGAGAAGAUGGAGGUAUGGUUGUUUUAUGUGGAUAUAAUGAGUGGUUUUGGAACAGGGUUUUGGGGUGUUAUUGGAGUUCUGAUGUUCAAGAAGCAGUGGAGACACAAACUUUUCAUGUUUGCUGAGGAAACCAUGGAUAAGAUAUACGUUGCAGUUGUGGUAAGAGUUGCCAAGUUCAAGAGAGGAAGAGAAUAG